CGAAAAUUAGGGAAGAAUGAACUAUGGUGGUAUGGACCUUCAUGGUUAAAAGGAAACGAAUCCAGUUGGCCGCAAUGGGAAUUUAAUUUUAAAGAGGAGAUCGAAGAGCCAAAAGAAAAGAUCAUUGCAAAGAUUACAACUCACACUAACGCGAGUUUUACACUCAUAAAUGGAAGUCGUUUCAGCAAAUGGCUAAAAUUGUUACGGACCACUGUACGAGUUCUCAAGUUCAUCAAAAUAACAUCAAAAGGAAAAUUCAAGUGGUUACAAACAUUAUCAAUUGAAAAGGAAAGAUUCACAAGUGAAGAUUACAACUUGGCAGAGUUGAUAUUAAUCAAACAAGCACAAGCCGAAGGCAUCAUCGAAGAUGAAAAGGAAAAAUGGAAUUUGUAUCUCGAUGAUCAGGGUUUGUGGAGAUCCCUGAAUCGAUUGGAGAGCUCAGAAUUAGAAGUGGGCAGUAAACGUUCCAUUUAUCUUCCAAGACACAAUCCAAUAACUGAAUUCCUCAUACAACAAUAUCAUGAAGACUUAAUCCAUGCUGGAGUUGCUCAUACACUUGCAGAAAUGCGACGUAAAUUUUGGGUACCUAAAGGCAGAAGUGAAGUCAAACGAGUCCUGAAUAAGUGUAGAGCUUGCAAACGAUGGACUACCAAACCGUUCAAGCUUCCGGACAUGCCCAAUCUCCCAGAAAAUCGAGUUACUCGAUCUAGAACUUCCGCCCAUGUGGGUCUAGACUACAUGGGUCCCCUCUCUGUUAAAAUUGAUAGUGGGUUGACAAAAAGAUGGGUAGCUCUAUUUACGUGUUUCACAACCAGAGCGGUGCAUUUGGAAUUAGUAGAAAACCUAUCCGCCGAAUGCUUUUUGCACAUUUUUAGAAGAUUCAUUGCCCGACGAGGCUGUCCUGAGUCAAUCUUAAGUGACAACGCAAGUCAAUUUCAACUGGUUUUCAAAACUAUGGAGGAACAGGAUAUCAAGCUAACGAACUUUUUCGCGAAAAAGGGAAUGGUUUGGAAAAAUAUAGUGCCAGGAGCUCCUUGGACUGGAGGAGUUUAUGAAAGAAUCAUUGGAUUAACGAAAAGAGCUAUGAAAAAAGCCAUCGGUAGGAGGUUAUUGUGGGAAAGAGAAUUGAUAACUUUAAUAACAGAAAUCGAGGGAAUACUCAAUACUCGACCACUAACUUCUACAAAUUUUGACGAUUACGUAAUUAUACGUCCAAUUGAUUUCAUCUCACCUAAUGCCUC